AUGGUUAUGAACAAAGCAUUGCUUGCGGCGGUGGCAUUGGCGACCACAAUGAUCAUUAUGAUGGCACGUCCUUCUGUCCAGGAAUCGGUUUACAUCACCAAUCAUUUGACCAAAAGGGUAUUGAUUGUGCAUUGUCGAUCUACGGACACCGACCUUGGAGCCCAUGCGGUAGCCGUCGGGGCAAGCUUCCACUGGAACUUCCGGGAGAAUAUAUUUGGCGGGACUUUCUUCUGGUGCAAACUCGCGGUCGAAGAUAAGCGUAUUUAUUUCCUGGCGUACGACGAAUACGUCGAAACGUUCGGGACCUGGUUUGUUUGUGACGACGGGGUUUAUGGGACGCCCGCUAGUCGUCCGGCCUUUCUGAAGGCUGCAUGGACUCGGCCAUAA